UUCAUUGACGGUAUCGUGAAUAAAGCCUGUGAUGUUUUGUUUUAAUUAUUAUAAAUAUUUCCGUUAAAACACCCAACUCUCUUUAAACACAUUGUAAGUCGUACAAUUAAACUCACACCAAGUUAAAAACCCAGCAGCGCUUCAGGUGUCUUCUUGUGUUUUGUUAAUUAACGUUAAGCCUAAUUAUAAUAUAUUUAUAACAAGUCACCAAAAAGAAACUGUGUAUGUGUAAACCAAACCGCUGAUCCUAGUCGGACAAACUAAAAUGGAACGCCGGGACGCUGUUGUCACGACAACCCAAACAGCGAGCAUGAACUUUUUUCAGCAACAACACGGAUAUUUCUUUAACUGAAACCCACAGCAAGGAGCUUCUGGUUGAAUGUAUAUAUUUUUUAUUAUUAUUUUCCAUCGUAAACACACAAUGAUUCCACCAGCCGAGUCUCUCCUGAAAUACGACAAUCCAGUGUUGGUCAGCAAAAGCUCAGACAGAAAAUCGCAAAAGGGACGGCCUUUGAGAGUCAGCCCUCAGCAGCCUGAGAACACUCUCCCGGUUCCACCACCCCCUAAACCCAAAUCAACCACUACUGAAGCCACCAAGCAGGAAAAUGAUGAGAUCCUGAGCAACAUCCUUCCACCCAGGGAAUGGAUGGAGGGAACCCAACUGUGGGUGCAGCAAGUGUCCAGCGCACCGUGUACAAGAGCAGAUGUUAUUCACCUUGAGGAACAGCUGGACAUAAAGCUGCAGCAAAGGCAGGCCAGAGAAACAGGAAUCUGCCCUGUCCGCAGGGAGCUCUAUUCCCAGUGCUUUGAUGAGCUAAUCAGACAGGUGACCAUCAACUGUGCUGAGAGGGGUCUGGUGCUGCUGAGGGUCAGAGAUGAGAUUCAAAUGACUAUUGCUGCCUACCAGACACUGUACGAGAGCAGCGUGGCUUUUGGAAUGAGGAAAGCACUGCAGGUCGAGCAGGGCAAGGCUGACAUGGAGAAAAGAAUUUCUGAUCUGGAGGAUGAGAAACAAGAACUGAAGAAGCAACGGAAUGUGGAGAAAGCUAAAUGUGAUGCAAUUGAAAAGAGAGAAGCUGAGAAGCGACAGGUGGAGGAGAAGAAGCACACUGAUGAGAUUCAGUUCCUGAAGAAAACUAACCUGCAGCUUAAGACCCAACUGGAAGGAAUCAUUACGCCAAGGAAGUAACUUCGCCAAACAAGAACUGACUUUCUAUUUCCCCCGUGACAGAAUGUGUCUUUUGUUUGGUUCUAAAUGAGAUUAGACAAAGUAAACUUGAGUGAGUGUAAUUAGCGAGUGUUUUUAUUACAGCAUGGCAUGACGGGUACAGUUCAAACAGUGACUGUACAUUUCUCUUGAACAUCAAGAGAACAUUACACCUGUAAAUGAUGAAUGCAAUGUCAUUCAAAAGCAGUUCUGGGUUAAACAGGAAAAGAAAGUCAUUAAGACAAGGCAUCAAAGUGGCCGCUUGAUGAAGACCAUGUAACGCUUCGUUAGCGUUCCCCCCUUCCAUCAACUACACUCUCAAUAAAAACUUGGCCUUCCUAGCUAGUUUAAAUAAAGUUUAUUACAAAUGU